AAUCGAAAAAAAUUGUUAUAUAUGUUGCUCAUGAAAUGAUAUCAUGAUGAACCUUCUCAUGGCUGCUUUUGAAAAUUGAACUCCACAGUGAGUCAACAUUAUCCAUCGUUUCUAACAAUGGACAGACUCAUCAACUCGCUGACUCGUCUACGUGCGACUCAGCUCCUCUUUCUCACAUGGGUGUUAACGUGUAUAGCUGGAACAACAACCCCAGAAUCCAUUCUCCCAGGCUUCAAAGCCACACCAAAUCCUUCAGUCUCAUCGUUCCAACCUCUCCUAAACGAUCCAACAGGCAACUUCUCACUCGGGUUCCUCCGAGUCGAACAAACCCAACUCGCCCUCGCUGUCCUCCACGUGGCUUCCUCACAACCACUCUGGCUUGCCAACCCAACUCAGUUGGCCACCUGGUCCGACCGUACUCAGUUCCUCUUCAAUGGCAGUCUCGUUAUUUCCGAUCCCAACACUAGGGUAUUUUGGUCAACUCAAACCAAUGGUGACACGGUUGUGCUCCUCAACUCCUCAAAUCUCCAAAUACAAAAACUCGACGACCCAGCCUCAGUUCUCUGGCAAAGUUUCGACUUUCCCACAAAUACCCUCAUGGAGAACCAAAAUUUCACAGCCAACAUGUCCUUGAUUUCAUCCAAUGGGCUUUACUCUAUGCGCUUAGGGUACAACUUUUAUGCUUUGUACGCAAAAUUCCAAGACAACUCCGCAGAUCACAUGUAUUGGAAACACACAGCUUUAGAAGCACGGGCAGCGAUAGUUCAAGGUCAAGGACCAAUUCACGCUUUAGUCAACUCUGAUGGGUAUUUGGGGUUGUACCAAAAUAGCACAGCCAAUCCGGUGGACGUACAACCCUUCAACAGCUACAACAGGCCCAUCGACUUGUUCCUUUUGGUCCGGUUAGAACCGGACGGAAACCUCAAAGCUUAUUACUGGGACGGGUCGAACUGGGUCGAGGAUUUCAAAGCAAUCUCGGACACGUGUCAGCUCCCCAGUCCGUGCGGUUCGUACGGUUUGUGCACACCACAAAGUUGUUCUUGUUUGGACAACCGGACAGAGUUUCGGUCCGGUUCGGAUUGUGUUCCCGUGGAAACCGGCGACUUUUGCGGGGAACAGUUGGUUAAAGACAAGUACGAGGUUUUAACGAGGAACGGGGUCGAGGUGCCGUUUAAGGAACUAAUGCAGUACGAAACGACGUCGUCUUUGGGAGAGUGUGAGGGUCUAUGUGAAAACAAUUGUAGCUGUUGGGGGGCAGUGUAUAAUAACGCUUCCGGGUUUUGUUUCAUGUUGGACUAUCCGAUCCAAACGUUGGUGUCUGUUGGGGAUGAGAGUAACGUGGGUUAUUUUAAAGUGAGGGAAGGUGCAGGGAAAAAGAAAAACAAGGCUGUUGCUAUAGUUGGACUUGUAGCGGGUGGUGGGGCAAUUUUGAUUUUGAUUGGGAUUGGUGGGUUUUGGGCGUACAGGUUUUGGAGAAAGAAAACCCGAGAAAAUGAUGAUGAUGAGGUAUCACCCGGCCCGUAUAAGAAUCUCGGGUCGGAAAGCUCCAAGUCCAUUGAGGUAGAGAUGUGUAAUAGAUAAACUGAUAGUAAAGAUGACGCAAGGGAUGACGUUUUUUGGGUUUGACUUACAGUGAUGUUUACUGCUAACUUUAGUUCAGUUUGCUUUAUACUAAUAUUGGGUGUGGGGCCCAGGGGUUAAUCUUUGUUUGAGCCUUUUUGGUGUUUCUUGAGGAAUAGGUGUGGCCUGCGUGCCCAUUGUAAUUGGAUGGAUGUAUCAUUGUAUCUGACUAUCUGUGACUGUACAGGACCUACAGGGUCCACCCAAUUUAAUGACAUUGGCAUCUUAUUUCC